AUGCAAACCUAUCCCUAUUCCAUUUCAGUUAAAGAGGCAGUUACCCACAAUAAAAAGUUGAUGUAUGUAAAUGAACACAAGAAUUGUGAAAUGAACGAUCUCAAAAUAGAGAAUGAAAAACUCAAAAGACAAGUUUUCGAGGCUAACGUCCAAAGACAUCUUCCUUUGGAAUCACCAGAAUCUGCUGAUUUGACAGCUCAAUUGGAAGAACUACAGAGGAAACUGAAGCAUGAAGAAGAAAAAUGUCGUAAAAUUCAACUGAAAGCAGAUGAUAAUAACAGAAAAUAUGAAGAUGUCUUAAAGUUGUUACAAGAAGCGCACGAACUGACCGACAAACAUCUUGGUAACGCCAACAAACAUCAGAAAGAAAGUCGUCAAUAUCGGCAGAAGUGUGAUGACCUUGACCUGAAGAUUGUGACCUUGACCUCAGAGAUUGAGGGGCUGAAGAAGUAUGAGGACAGUCUUGUAGCUUGGGCUCAAAAGGAAAAGAAUUUAACCCUAGAAGUUUAUCAGACCAAGGAGAAGCUGAUGGGAAAAGAGACAGAGAUCCUCCAUCUAGAGGAUGCUAACAGUCUGUGGGCAGCCAAAAACGUGGAAUUGUCUACCAGAUUACAGGUAGCAGAGAAAAAGGUAAACAUAGAAAAAGUCAGCCAAGAAACUCAGAUGGGUACUAGUCAAUUGAGUCUACGAUCAGAAGGCACACAGACCAGAUUGUCCAGUCAGAACAAUGGAACACAAACCGAACCGAAAUCCACCAAAUCCAUGAAGACUCAAUGCAUCAUAGCAGCUCUCUUUACAGCUGGGACCCAAACUCUUUGCAGUGGUGUACAUGCUGAUGACAUGGCCUCCCAAACGGACAUCACAAGUUUGAAAGUGACGCUUGAUUCUGCCACCAAUAAUAGUUUCUCCAAAACCAGGUUGAAUUCAUCCUCCCAAACAGACCAAAAAGAGCUGGCUGAAAAAUCAAGCCAAGCUGAUUUAAGUUUCGACCAAAAACCAAUGUCUGACGACGUUAGACCAGCCUCAACCAAAGAUUCUAAAGCGUCUCCUGGAAGACCACCCAGUGGAUUGUCCCAGGAUCUUCAACCUCAAAGACGAACUCUUCCACGAACAUCCUUCCAGCUUCCAACAUCCUACACAAUCAACGAAAAAUUCCAAGCAUUUGAGAAACAUUCUGAUAGUUUCAGAAGAUCAGACGUUUCCAUGACAACAGCAUUCUUACCAACCAAUAUGGCCGCCAAGUAUCAAUUACCAAAAGAUGACUCUCAUCAGCAAAGUUUCUUUGAUGAAGCUCAGAAACGAUCCUCAAAUGAUCAAGUUCUGUCCAAUCGUACUCAAGGACACAACGACAAAUUGGAAUCGUACUCAUCAUGUGCUCCAUAUCCGAAAUAUGCCAGAAUGAGUCAUCUAGGUCCUGGCUUGAUAUCCUCGCCUUCCAUAGCAACCAGAAAGAUCACAUCAACCAGUCCUUUCCCAUCAAUGGGAGUUAAAGUAGUUGCAUCAAGAAGAGAGUGUUUGAGCGAAGUAAAAACCACCUUGGAAUUUCCAAAAGAUUCACCAGAAGUUGUCGUAGAGACAGAAUCCAUAUCUACUGUUUGCACUACACCAAACCUUCAGAUGGCAGAAACCAUUCUACCAACUUCCAGCAAAGGCAUUCUCAAAAAUCCUUUCGAAUACAGAAUCAACACACCAAAAUCAGUUAAAUUCAGUGACAAAAGACAUGAGAGAGAACUGACACCAGAUCCAGAUUCGGUUCAUGCUUCACCAGAAUUGGUUUAUGUCAACCAGAAUGAGAAUGAGAUAAGCAGCAAUCAAAAUUCACAAACCGCUUCUGAAAGCUACACAGCAGAACCUGUGUACAUGUUUAAACCAGAAUAA